AGCUUGUAGAACCAAGAAUCCCCAACGGCUCGUUACCAUGUCAUUUGUGUGGUUCUCUGUAGAGGGGCACAGGCGGACGUUCUACCACUAGGCCACGGAGGGGGUCUGUGGGUAUACAUGUAGUUCCUACCACAACAUUACCACGAACCAAGAAUCCUCAACGGCUCGUUACCAUGUCAUUUGUGUGGUUCUCUGUAGAGGGGCACAGGCGGACGUUCUACCACUAGGCCACGGAGGUGGUCUGUGGGUAUACAUGUAGUUCCUACCACAACAUUACCACGAACCAAGAAUGCUCAACGGCUCGUUACCAUGUCAUUUGUGUGGUUCUCUGUAGAGGGGCACAGACGGACGUUCUACCACUAGACCACGGAGGCGGUCUGUCUGUAUACAUGUAGUUCCUACCACAACAUUGCCACGAACCAAGAAUCCUCAACGGCUCGUUACCAUGUCAUUUGUGUGGUUCUCUGUAGAGUGGCACAGGCGGACGUUCUACCACUAGGCCACGGAGGCGGUCUGUCUGUAUACAUGUAGUUCCUACCACAACAUUACCACGAACCAAGAAUCCUCAACGACUCGUUACCAUGUCAUUUGUGUGGUUCUCUGUAGAGGGGCACAGGCGGACGUUCUACCACUAGGCCACGGAGGUGGUCUGUCUGUAUACAUGUAGUUCCUACCACAACAUUACCACGAACCAAGAAUCCUCAACGGCUCGUUACCAUGUCAUUUGUGUGGUUCUCUGUAGAGGGGCACAGACGGACGUUCUACCACUAGGCCACGGAGGCGGUCUGUCUGUAUACAUGUAGUUCCUACCACAACAUUACCACGAACCAAGAAUCCUCAACGGCUCGUUACCAUGUCAUUUGUGUGGUUCUCUGUAGAGGGGCACAGGCGGACGUUCUACCACUAGGCCACGGAGGCGGUCUGUGUGUAUACAUGUAGUUCCUACCACAACAUUACCACGAACCAAGAAUCCUCAACGGCUCGUUACCAUGUCAUUUGUGUGGUUCUCUGUAGAGGGGCACAGGCGGACGUUCUACCACUAGGCCACGGAGGUGGUCUGUGGGUAUACAUGUAGUUCCUACCACAACAUUACCACGAACCAAGAAUCCUCAACGGCUCGUUACCAUGUCAUUUGUGCGGUUCUGUGUAGAGGGGCACAGGCGGACGUUCUACCACUAGACCACGGAGGCGGUCUGUCUGUAUACAUGUAGUUCCUACCACAACAUUACCACGAACCAAGAAUCCUCAACGGCUCGUUACCAUGUCAUAUGUGUGGUUCUCUGUAGAGGGGCACAGGCGGACGUUCUACCACUAGGCCACGGAGGCGGUCUGUCUGUAUACAUGUAGUUCCUACCACAACAUUACCACGAACCAAGAAUGCUCAACGGCUCGUUACCAUGUCAUUUGUGUGGUUCUCUGUAGAGGGGCACAGGCGGACGUUCUACCACUAGGCCACGGAGGCGGUCUGUCUCUAUACAUGUAGUUUCUACCACAACAUUACCACGAACCAAGAAUGCUCAACGGCUCGUUACCAUGUCAUUUGUGUGGUUCUCUGUAAAGGGGCACAGGCGGACGUUCUACCACUAGGCCACGGAGGUGGUCUGUGGGUAUACAUGUAGUUCCUACCACAACAUUACCACGAACCAAGAAUGCUCAACGGCUCGUUACCAUGUCAUUUGUGUGGUUCUCUGUAGAGGGGCACAGGCGGACGUUCUACCACUAGGCCACGGAGGUGGUCUGUGGGUAUACAUGUAGUUCCUACCACAACAUUACCACGAACCAAGAAUCCUCAACGGCUCGUUACCAUGUCAUUUGUGUGGUUCCCUGUAGAGGGGCACAGGCGGACGUUCUACCACAAGACCACGGGGGUGGUCCCCCUGCCACACAGGACGCACCUGCCACUCACACACAAAAUAAUCAGUCGGCGUUAUCGGCGGUUUACGACACUGUCAUGUCGACGAAGGCGCUGGGGAACUUUGUACAGUGUCCUGUCUGUAGGACCAGUCACAUCCCCACGAAAGGGAUACUUCAAAAUGGCGUCUAUGCUUCUACCUGUGAAAACUGUGGCCACUUCUUCAAGUUCAAGGCCACAGGUCCUCUCAAGUCCUCGGUUACAUUCACCAUCAAUGCAACUUCGUACACAGUUGGCAACCAGUAUGCUGCAGCUCUGUCCCUGAAUGAGUUCAUGAGGUCCCAGGGCGUGUCCUAUGGCACCAAGGUGAUGUGUAUGGAGGGAGGGUGUGGCGUGUGCCUCGUCACUACCACACUGUAUGAUCCCAUCACAAAGUCCGUGCAGACCUACACAGUCAACUCGUGCCUCGUUCCUCUCUACACGUGUGACGGCAUGCAAGUGACAACCGUCGAGGGUCUGGGCAACCCCAGGGACGGCCUACACCCGAUACAAGACCGUCUGGCACAGUACAAUGGCUCUCAGUGUGGCUUCUGUAGCCCCGCCCAGGUUAUGAACAUGUAUGGGCUGCUCAAGAAAACACCGAACCCGACCAUGCAACAAGUGGAAAAUGCCUUUGAUGUCUCCAUCUGCAGAUGUACAGGCUAUAGACCAAUACUGGACGCCAUGAAGUCAUUCGCCUCUGAUGCCGCACCUAACCUUAUCGGCGGGACCAUUGAUAUUGAAGAACUGGACAAGAAGAUAUGCAGCAAAUCCGGGAAGACCUGCACAGGACGCUGUUCAUCUGAUAGACAGACUGACACGGAGCACGUCCCCCUCCACAUUGUGCUGCAGGGGUCACAGUGGUACAAACCGACCAACAGACAGCAGCUGUACGCCCUCCUCGGCCAACACAAGGGAGACAACUACAGACUCGUGUUUGGAAAUUCAGGAUAUGGUGUGUAUAAAGAGAUCGGCCCAUGGAUGUUUGAUGUCCUCAUUGACCUGCGUGGCAUCCAAGAGUUCUAUGACAUAUCAAUUGACUCCUCCAAAGUGAUGUUUGGUCCUAGCAUCACCCUGACCAACAUGAUGGAGGUAUUUCUGAAAAACAGCACCAACCCUGAUCUGUCCUACUUCCGGGAUUUCGCCAACCACGUGGCCGUCAUUGCUAACACCGGAGUCAGGAAUUUGGGCAGCUGGGCAGGUAACCUGAUGCUGAAGAACCUGCACACAGAGUUCCCGUCUGAUGUCUUCGCCAUGUUCGAGACGGUCGGGGCAACCCUGACUAUUGGAUCGAGUGAUGGUUCGGAGAAAUCAGUCAGCCUCAUGGAGUUCCUGAACCUAGACAUGAAGGGGAAGGUCAUCCUGUCCGUCAUGCUUCCGACGUUCCCAUCCGGAGACGUGCAUGUUAAGACCUUCAAGGUUGCCCCCAGACAUCAGAAUGCCCACGCCUAUGUGACAGCAGGCUUCAGGAUGCAGCUGGACAAGAACGUCAACUUCAGAGUCAAGACAAAACCAUCCCUGGUGUACGGCGGCAUCAACAAGACACUGGUUCACGCCAGCAACACAGAGACGUUCCUACAGGGCAAGGAGUUGGGGGAUUCUACAGUACUCAAAGAUGCUAUAGCCACUCUUACGGCCGAACUGGUUCCCGACACCACCCCUGGCCUGUCCAGUACAACCUACAGGAAGACACUGGCCGUCUCCCUCUUCUACAAGUAUGUGCUCGGCGUGUGUGGUGAGAAAGCAGCGAAAAGAUUCCAGAGUGGUGGCACCAACUUGAUACGGCCAGUUUCAUCCGGCACUCAGACAUAUGACAGUCGUAAAGAUGAAUACCCUUUGACUAAACCUAUGACCAAGGUGGACGCGACCCUACAGACAUCAGGUAGGGUCAAGUACGUCAACGACAUACCACCGGUUCAAGAAGAAGUCUUCGCCGCUUUCGUCAUCAGCAGCGUCGGAAACGCCGACAUCGAUACCGUGGACACGGCCUUAGCUCUGGCGUAUCCUGGAGCCUUGAAGUACAUAUCUGCAGCUGAUAUACCCAAAGGAGGCAGAAACAGCUUCAGGGAACCUACAGUCGAAGUUGAGGAGUUGUUUUGCAGUGGGAAGGUCCUAUACAGUGGACAGCCAAUUGGCAUCAUCGUCGCAGUGGACAAACUAUCAGCGGACACAGCAGCCAGCAUGGUGAAGGUUACCUACAAGAACGUCCAGCCUCCCAUCAUUACAAUGGAAGAUGCCAUUCAGAAGAAAUCCAUAUUUCCAAAUGCUGCCCAAGAGUUUAAAAAGGGCGAUGCUGCAGCUGCAAUAGCUGGCUCAGACAAGCAGAUCUCAGGUCGAAUCAAAGUAGGGCAUCAGUACCAUUUCCAGAUGGAAACUCAGGUGAGCAUCUGCUACCCCGCAGAGGAUGGGGUGGGCGUGAGUCUUCUCUCGUCAACACAGUGGUCGGAUAUGGAACAGUUGAUCGUUGCCAAACUCCUUAACAUCCCUGAAAGCAGUGUUAACGUUACGGUCACCCGUCUGGGGGGAUCAUACGGAUCCAAGAUUACACGUGCCCACCAAACAGCAUCAGCAGCUGCACUGGCCACACAUAUCAUGAGGAGGCCAGUUCGACUCAGUAUGAACUUCCACACCAACAUGAAGACAGUCGGGAAACGUUUCCCUUAUCUUGCAGAUUACAAAAUCGGCGUCAACAAUGACGGCAAGCUGAAUGGAAUCCAGAUGACUGUUAACACUGACUGCGGUGCGUCCCCCAAUGACAACAUCUUAGCGGCAAUUCCAGAAUGGUUGGACAAUGCCUACUUCUGUCCUGCGUGGGACUUUAAACCUAUAGCCCUGAAGACGAACCUUCCCGCCAACACCUAUUGCCGGGCCCCAGGAUCCUGCCCCGCCAUCUUCAUCAUGGAAGCCAUGAUGGAACAUGUGGCCAAGGUUUUCCACAAAGACCCGCUGGAAUUCAGGAAGUUAAAUUUGUUCGACAAAGGUCAGGCGUCUGUCACUGGAAUGGUUCUGAAGUACUGCAACAUCAAGGACAUGGUGGCUCAACUGGAGAAGUCAGCCGAUGUCCAGACAAGGAAACAACAAGUUGCAGCUUUCAACCAGGCCAACAGAUGGAAGAAGAAGGGUAUCUCUGUGAUGCCUCUCCGAUGGGACCAGGACUACGCAGGCAACAAUCCCAACUACAACGUCUACAUGACUGUCUACCACGGGGAUGGUUCCGUCGCUAUUUCGAUCGGCGGUGUGGAGGUGGGCCAGGGAAUCAACACCAAGAUGAUGCAAGUCUGUGCCUUUGAGCUGGGUAUUCCUAUGGACACGAUCAAGGUAAAGCCAACGACAACCAUGGCUGACUCCAACUCCUACAUGACCGGAGGCAGCAUCACCAGCGAAGUCAACGCACUGGGAGUCGUGCAGUGUUGUCAACAGUUAAAGACUCGGAUGGCCCCAGUCAAAGCCAAGAUGGUCAACCCUACCUGGCUGCAGCUGGUCACUCAAUGUUUCAAUCAACGAAUGGACCUAUCAGCCAAAAGCUAAAUGAUGACUUGAUGAGCCGCAGACGUGCUUGCAAGAAGGAUGCCUGUCUCCCUUGACAUUUGCCUCAGUGUUAUGUGCAUCAGAUGAAGUUAAGAUAAGUACUAUAAUAAUUUAGUUUUUUUAUUUGCAUAACUAGCUUACAUUUCAACCAACCUGAUACGUUCUUGUCAAUCAAGACCGCCUCCGUGGUCUAGUGGUAGAGUGUCCGCCCAGGAGAGCCAAAGGUCCGGGUUCGAUCUGGCCGCGUCAUACCCAAAGACGUUAAAAGAUGGUACUUGUUGUUACCUUGUCGGGCGCUCGGCAUCAUAAGUAUAAAGUCAGUAUACUGUGUCUGAGUGUGGUAUUGAUGUUAAACUGCGACAUAGUAUCUCAGCAAACCAACUAUUAAGUCGGCAUUAGUCCGGACUAGAACAAGCAGCCACACACACGUUCAUGCACAUCGCUAUGUAAAUGCAGUAAUCUUGGACACGACGUUAAACCCAUUUUUACCUCACCUCACCUAAAAAACGUACAAUCAAGAAAUUGUUCUAUUACAUUGAUGUAGAAAAAAUCACAACAAUACAAGGAAAGAUGUCAAAAUCAUAUUAGCAUGUUUACCCAUGGCUGAACCCUUUGAUGGUAAUGUCAAAUCAAUGUUUGAUACCACAACUGGGUAGAACGUGUGAAGCCCAUUUCUGGGUCCCGAGGCGAUGUUUUCCUGGAAUAUUUCUAAAAGGGAGUAGAACUGUUUACCAACACACUGUAAUGCUCUGGACUGUAUAGGUACAAGAAACCCAUAAUGUCUGUUUCGAUAUUUUCAGUACCAAUCCAACAGGAGAGUCCAGUAACUACAACAUCUACGGCGCAACGUGCACAGAGGUCGAGGUGGACGUUCUGACAGGGGAGAACCAGAUCAACCGAGUGGACAUCCUGUAUGACUGUGG